UAUAAUUUGACCAUAUAAGUAGCCAAUUUAAAUUGAUACACAACUUUUAAACUGUCGAUUAGGUUAGUUAUAUCAUAAGUAUUACCGCAAAAUUAUGGAUAUAAUAUUUCCAACGUACACAAAUUGACAAAAUAAGGAACAAACAAAGUAAUUUAGUAUAGGAGGACUUCGCAAACAGUCUUUGAUUGUAUUGCUAAUUACCAUACAAGUAAUAAGUGCAUAGAGGUGAUAAUAACAGUUGACAAUGUUACAUCAAUUUGGACCACAUACCGUCACAGCGGAUUUAGCGUCAAUGUAUCCAUCAUCAUCGUCAUCAAGUUCUGGACAUUCAUCAUUUCUUAUAGACGAUAUAUUAGGAAAUUCAGCAGCUGGACUUCCAAAACCUACACCAAUCCAUCCAGCAGCGCUGCCGCCAUCGCAACUUACAGUAUCAAGUGCCAUGUGCAAACCAAUGUAUGAUCCUUCCAGUUACUUGUCGCCCGGUUUCACAUAUACUAAUGCUCUAAUGAGCCAUAUGUACUCUGUGCCAUACAUGAGGGCAGACUAUCCAUUCAUGGCAGACAGACAUGCUUUAGCCGCAAGAGUGGGACACAGACCAUUCUUUUGGCCACCAUUUUUACAAAGACCAAUGCAUAAAAGAAAAGGAGGUCAAGUUCGAUUCUCAAACGACCAAACGUUAGAACUGGAGAAAAAGUUCGAAUCACAGAAGUAUUUAUCUCCUCCCGAAAGAAAACGUCUAGCCAAAAUUCUCCAGCUCACAGAACGACAGGUGAAGACAUGGUUUCAAAACCGAAGGGCAAAAUGGCGCAGAUUGAAGCAGGAGUCUCCUACACACGAAAAAGGAGAUGGUUCUCCAACAGAUCUUCAUGAUGACGAAGAUAAACAACAUACUUCUGACGAAGAAUUUGACGAAGAUUCAGAUAUUGAAAUAGACGUCGAAAAAGAAGAAAGUGCAAAAUGAUUUUCCUUAAAAUCAAAAUGGCAGCUUACAAUCUGAAUGGCGUCAAAUGAAGUUGACAAACAGUAUUUUAUAAAUUGACUACGAAUUUCGCCAUCUAAGUGCUAAUUAUGGUACUUUUAAACUGUGAUAUGUUAUUAUUUUUUUUAUAACAAUGUUCAAUUGGUGCAUAUCUGUACAUCGAAAUAUUUGAUUAAUGGCAAUAAAUCUUUCUCUGGACUGCUCUAUAUAGACAUAUUAUGCAAUAUUGUUACUUUUGAAUGUUGAUAAAACACUUAAGAUGCAAUGCUUACUACCAUGUUAAAUGUUUGUCUUGAAUGAUUGCUGUAAAUGUAUGAGUUGUUUAUUAAAGAUAUAUUAUAUUAAUAUUAA